AACAUAAGUGCAAUCGCACAUGACAGUUCUUGCUUGUGGCGUCUGCUUGUGUAAAUGCCAUCCACCUUGCUGAAAACAAGUAUGUCUACAAACUGGUAGUGAUGGGUAUUACAAAGCAUUUUUUGUUAUCUGUCUCUCCACGCGAGGCUUUGUCUCAAUUCUUGUUGGAUGGAGUGAAGCCGUCAUCCAUCCAACCCUCCUCAUCCUGGGGUGAAUAACUCGUCUGUCACUGUCAAGCAGUUUUGACUCUUGUACAAGCAGCCGAUAACGAAGAACUGCGUACCUGCCCUGAUCUACGAAAAAGUAUUCCCUUGCUUAAAAUGCAACAAAGUAAAACUUACGACUAUAAUGCGCUCCAAAACCUGAGUCAGCGUCUUCGUUGCAUUAAUCAAGAAUGCAUACAGAAAAUAGAGGAAAUGAAGGAGCCAUGCGGAGUUUACAUUAAGGAGGUUAAUAAGGUUCGCCUGGCACAUCGAUUGGAUCAGGUGGCCAAGACGGUGACAGAGUUGGAAGGUCAGAUAGCUACAAAGAGCGGGUUCCACUAUACCGUCGCGUAUCGCGAGAUGGUGACACAUGCUGCUAAGAUAACAAAGGAAUUGGACUCCUUACUUCCUGAUGAUGAUGACCUACGGAACUCACGUCUUGUCCUGCUAAAACGGGUUGAAACUGCCUUGAAUGGAGCAAAAUUAAAAAUUAUUAAGGGACACGCUGAUGGACAACCGUGUAGAGGGUGCGAAGUUCAGCACAUUUAGGUUCCAAACUAUCACACAUAAUGCGAGUUGAAUAAAGAUAAAUGUGCAUAAAAAUAAACUAAAAUGACAAUUAAUUUUCGGGAAUUAUUUAUUUCGACGAAUAAAAAUACGUACGUAAUAA